AUGUCUUCUAACGACGACAAUGAGAACUUGUAUUAUAAGAAACGGGCCAGAAAUUACACAGCUCUGGCGAAAUUCAGCAAAAUCAACUUGAGCAUAAAGACUUACAAAAAGUUAACAAGAGGCGCAGCUUAUCAGCCAGAGUUUGCAGAGCCCAUCUCUAAUCUGUCCAUUCCCUUAGGGCGCGACGCCACUUUCCGAUGCCUUGUUCACCAUCUCGGAGGCUACAGGGUGGGGUGGGUUAAGGCAGACACCAAGGCGAUCCAGGCCAUCCACGACCACGUCAUCACGCACAAUCCCAGGGUGUCAGUGUCCCACAACGACCACACCACUUGGAAUCUGCAUAUCAGGAACGUACAGGAGGAGGACAGAGGCCAAUAUAUGUGCCAGAUUAACACGGACCCCAUGAAAAGUCAGGUGGGCCUUCUCGAUGUCUCCGUGCCCCCGGAUUUCAUACCGGAAGAUACCUCCGGUGACGUAAUGGUUCCCGAAGGAGGCACCGUAAAGCUGACGUGCCGCGCUAGGGGCCACCCCGAGCCCCACGUGCAAUGGAGGCGGGAGGACGGCAGCGAUAUCGUCAUAAAGGAACCUUCUGGACACAGAACGGGAGUCUCGGCGUACCAAGGGGAAGUGUUGAAGCUGGCGAAGAUAUCUCGCACAGAAAUGGGCGCCUAUAUGUGCAUCGCUUCCAAUGGCGUACCGCCCACCGUUAGCAAGAGGAUUAUGGUCAACGUUCACUUUCAUCCAGUUAUUCACGUGCCAAACCAACUCGUCGGAGCACCUCUAGGCACUGACGUCACCCUCGAGUGCAACGUGGAAGCCUAUCCAAAAUCCAUCAAUUACUGGGUCAGAGACACUGGUGAAAUGGUGGUUUCCAGCGCUAAAUACGACGUGCAAGUGGUCAGCAAAUCCGUGUUCCACGUGAAAAUGACCGUAAUUGUGCGAAACCUCCAGAAGGAAGACGCCGGUUCUUAUCGCUGUAUCGCCAAGAACUCCCUGGGCGAGGUGGAGAGCAAUAUCCGCCUUUACGAAAUACCAGGGCCAACUAGGGUCUACGGCUUAUCUCUGGACGAGGAGGAUUAUAACGAGCAGUUCGGGUCAGCUGAGCGGGAUCAGGACGAGGAGGCGCCAAACGGCGUCGUUGAGAGGUCCCGGACCUCAACGCUCUCUACUGUGGAGGCUCCUUCGAGGGCCAAUUUCGUGGACAACAACCACGUGCCUGCGGAUGGGGUGCCCCGAUCAGCUUCGCCUCGCUGUUCCUCAUCGACUGUGUUAGUGGUACUCGUGCUUUUAUUUCGGUGGCAAACGAUAUGA